GCCGCCGCAUGGCCAGCCCCGGCCUCUUUGGUCCUUGUGGUAGCACCGUUGCUGCCCCAGCGAGGGCAAAUGGCGCCAUGCCGCCGCUCGACUCCUCCUCGACAUCCAUGCCGGCCAUUUCCCAUUGCAAAGCUUACUUGCGCUCGCCUAUCCCUCCUCGCCUCGGGCCUCUUGCCACGCCACGUGCUGCUGCCCGUCUGCCCGGGCCUGUUCCGUCUUCCGGGUCCUGUGCCUCCUCUGAGGUGCCAUCCGACAUCUGUCGAAAUCCUACCCGCCCAGAUAAGCUCGGCACUCUGCCCGAAUUGCAAGGUGGGAUUGUCCUUAUCAGGAUCUGUGUCUUGUCCCUACUUCGGGCUCUGGAGGGAGGGGGAUGGUCUGAUUUGACUCUGCUCCGGCUCGUGGCGCACCCAUUCCCGCUGCGACGUCACGUCCUCUGUGGGGUUCACGGCCGUGGCUCUCAUCUUCACAUUUGUUUCGGCUCGUCUUGGGACGUCACCUUGCCCUCCCUCUGUACGGGCAAGAGCUACGCUGCGACG